UCACAAAUGUAUUAUAGAACAUUUUAAAAAUAGGCCAAAUUAAAACCCUUCCCAUUCAUUCGAAAGUUUCAGUGGCAUCAAUUUUACAUGAGCAGCAGUGACCGAUCACAAUUUCCUGCCUCCCGACUAGCCUAGCCUAGCCUACUUUUCUUUUCAAGUUCAACACCAGCAAGUAGCAAGAACAUCUCCAAGAUGGAGGAACAGUCCGAACGUAUAAAUGACGCUAGAAGAUGUCAGUCGCCGUCCAGCACGGAUGUAGAUGUGGAAGAAACUACAGAUUCUUUAAGAAGUGAAGAUAAAGGAAAUGAAAUGGAAGUAGAUCUUGUUUCUGAUACGAGUACAAGUACAAAUGGGGAUUCGAGUUGUAAAAUUAACGACAGUGUAUCUUCAGGCUCAGCCCCAGGCACCUUUGUGAUGCCAGCGCCACUUUCGCUUUCAGUUCCAACGAAAAAAGUGAAGGAUAUUUCUCACUCAGAGUCUUCUGCUACGGGUGACUCUGGCCCAGACCAGAAGCAGGUAGAUCUAAAAGUUGAUAUUUCGUCACGAAAUUCAGCGACGGCGUCCAGUGGCUCAAAACUAGCAGUUCCUUUGCCUUACAAGGAACCAGAAUGGAGUGGUGUUCCAGAAGAGGAUGAAGACUACUACAGUUUUGAAGUGCUAAAAAAUGGCAAAAUCAUCGAUACUUUUCCUUUGGAAAACAAAUCAUAUUUUGUCUUUGGAAGACUUCCUAGCUGUGAUAUUACUUUAGAACACCCUUCGCUGUCAAGAUAUCAUACUGUAAUUCAGUAUUCUAAGGCUUUACCAACACACGAGAAAGGGUGGUACAUUUAUGACCUCGACAGUACUCACGGGACAUGGGUGAACAAAAGAAAACUAUCUCCCAAUGUAUACUACAGAUUAAAAGUUGGUCAUGUUGUUAAGUUUGGUGGGAGUACCAGACUUUAUAUUCUACAGGGCCCAGUAGCUGACCAAGAGGAAGAAAGUGAAAUGUCUAUGACAGAAAUGAAAGAGCAAAGAGAAAAGCUGAAAAGAGAGGCUGAAGUUCUGAAACAGAUGGAGCUUGAAGCUGAGAGGCAAAGACAGGAAGCUCAGCAAAAGCUGCUGGAGAACAGAGGCUGUGGAUGGGGAAUGGGGGAAGAUGCUGAAGAUGAUGCAAAUGAAGAGAAUCCUUUUGCUAGCCUUGUGCCUGAGAAUGAGAGUUUGUAUAUUGAUGACCCCAAAAAGGCGCUCAAAGGAUUUUAUGAGAGAGAAGGUUGUGACUUGCCGGACUAUCAGUUUACUGAAGUUGCCAUGGGAAAGCACAAGUGUGUCUUGGAUCUUCCAGUAGAUGGACCGAAUGGUGAGGAGUUAGUUGCAGAAGUGGUGGUUUCUGGGAAGAGGAAAGAUGCUGUUAUUGCCUGUGCUCUUGAAGCUUGCAGAAUGCUAGAUAAACUAGGCAUGCUCAGGUCAUCGAAGCAUGAGAGCCGAAAGAGAAAACAAAAGAAAUGGGAAGAUGAUGACUUCUAUGACAGUGAUGAAGACACAUUUCUUGACAGAACAGGAACUAUUGAGAAAAAAAGAUUCAUGAGAAUGAAGAAGGCAGGGAAAGAUGAAGCAGAGACUUAUGAGUCUUUAAUGGAAAAGUACAACAAAGUGGUGGCACAAAUUCAAGAUACAGAAAGUCAGCUGGAGAAAGCCAAAGCUGAGGCAGAUGCACGUGUGUCCGAGGACAUAGAUGAGCUUGACGCAUACAUGAACUCCAUCAAGUCCGGCGCCAUGGACACAAAGACUCGCAUGCGUCUGAAGGGAGAUCUGCUCAGGCUCAGGGUAGAGGAGCAAAAGCUGAGGAAGCUUGUCAAUAUUGCUCAGCCAGCGUCUCUUCCUCCUCUAAAGCAACCAUCUGCUGUCCCAGUCAAACCUCCAGCAGCUGACAGCCUUUCCAGAAAGCUCCAUGCUCAGCAAAAGCUGCAGAAAAAAGGCCCUCCUGUCAAAACUGCUCAACAAACUGAAUUUGAGCAAAAACCAGAUGACUUUGAGGAACAAGAUGAAGAGGAGGAAGAAGGCGAAAAUACACACAUUUCUGACAAAACCAAAGAGUCAUCAGCAAAGAAACCAAGUUCAUCACCAACCAGCUCUUCCAAAUUCGAAAAUGUACAAACUAAUGAAAAGAAGAUCUCCAGAAAUAAUGUUCAAACCUCAAAGACAGCUGUUAAAGGUCCUACGUUACCACCCAAAGACGUCUCCAAAAAGUCUAGGGAAAGACAUGCCAAUGUUAUGUCGACGGCUGCUGUUUUGAAUGCAGAAAAAGCUCAACAGAAAAUAUCAAAGUCCUACGAAGAAAACGACCCAGAUUAUGCAAUGUGGCUUCCCCCUGAAGAGCAAUCCGGCGAUGGCCGCACCAGCCUCAAUGACAAACUAGGGUACUAGUAGGGUACCAGAUGCUGAUCUGGAUGAUGACUCGUUGCUGAUAGGGAAUAUACCUCAGCUUGAAUACAUUUGAUGAUGAAAGAACAUCACUAGUGGACUACAUGGAUACAUGAUAUUGAUAGGCAAAGUGAAGCUCUACCACGUGAAAUGUGAAAAUUUGGACUUCCAAAAAUGAUAGCAUAAAUUAGUUGCUGGGCACCUUUUCAGUCUGUUGUGCCCAAAGCAAAACAGGACUUACUACAGCAAUCUGACGGUCAUGCUGAUGUUGAGGUUUUUCCGAAUGUGUAUCACAGUGACUCGCUGUAUAAUUAAAUUAGUUUUAACCGAUCUGUGUAUAUCAUCAUCAUCAUCAUCAAUGCCUUUCACCCCUGGCAGGGUAUAGGCCACAUACAAGCUCCUUCCAUUUAU